ACCGUAUUUAUUCUAUGUCACCACCUAUUCAACUUGCUGCUUCACAAGAAGACGAGAAUACGCACAAGAGUCCAUUGAGCUGCUGUGCGCCAGGCUUCUUUUCUAAAUAUUUUACUUGUUCUCGCUCGAGUUCUACUACAAGAGAUCAGCCUUAUCCUUUCUAUAACGAUAUCAGUGACAGUAACAAGUUUAUUUAUUCAGCCAUGGCACAUCCUGAAGAAUCCUUGCCUUGUUAUCAAGAUGUUGUAGAUUCUUUGAGAAAACUUGACUUGAUGUGUACAAAAGAUGUUCAAGAUAUCAUCCAUAAACAAAUUGAUUCUAUUCAAGAGGAACUUCGAGCUAUCAGUUUGGAUCUUCAUGAACAUGUGGAAACGGGCAUGAAAGAAGUGCAUGCUCAUCAAGUGUUGACGGAUUAUCUCGAGAAGAAAGGAUUCAAAGUGACUCGACACGCCUAUGGUAUGAAGACGGCUUUCAUGGCUGAAUACAGCCAUGGCCAAAAGAGUGAUGGACGUAGAAUUGGCGUCUGUUCAGAAUAUGACGGUCUACCUGGAUUGGGACAAGGAUGUGGACAUAAUUUAAUUGCUAUUAGUGGUGUUGCCACAGUCAUGGGCAUAAAAGCAGCUUUGGAAUCAGGCAAUGUGUCUGGUAAAGUCGUUCUUUUUGGCACACCUGCUGAAGAAUUAUCUGUUGGUAAAAUUGAAUUGUGCAGAAAAAAGGCAUUUCAAGACAAUGUUGACGUCUGCGUCAUGCUGCAUCCUACCUCUUCAGACCAACAAUAUGCUGCUUUUAUUGCUGUUCAUGAUGUUCGUGUGGAAUUCUUUGGUAAAGCGAGCCAUGCAGCAGCUGCUCCUUGGGAAGGUGUCAAUGCUUUGGAUGCUCUCAUCCAAGUAUGGAAUGGUAUCAGUAUGAUGCGUCAACAACUUUUACCUACUGACAGAGUGCAUGGUAUUGUGACUGACGGAGGACAAGCUCCCAACAUCAUUCCUGAACAUACAUCGGCUUUCUUUUUUAUCCGAACAACACGUGCCGAUCAAAUCAACCGUCUGGUCCAAAAGAUGGAAGCCAUCUUUGAAGCAGCCGCGUUGGCCACGGGAUGUCAAGUCAAAUACACUUGGCGAGAAAUAGGUGUUACCAAGGAUGUGAUUCAAAACCGACCGAUGGCGGAUGUGUAUGCUGAACACAUGCGCCGUUUUGGCAUUGAGUUUCCAAGCGAAGAAGAACAAAUACGUAUGGGUGGUGGCUCGACCGACAUGGGAAAUGUCAGCUAUGAAAUGCCUGUCAUUCAUCCCACGUACGGCAUUCAUACCACGGCAGCCAACCAUACGGUGGAAUUCACCAAGGCAGCCAAGACCAUGGAAGCGCAUCACGAUACCCUACGGGCUGCCAAGGGUUUGGCUGCUACAGGUGUUGAAGUAUUGCUCAAUGAUGCCUUGUACCAACGUAUCAAAGAGGAUUAUGAAAGAUCCAUCAAAAAAGUCCAGAAGGCCUAAAAAAUAGCGCUUGGGGAAUCAAGGGGGAUGAAAACAGAUAGAAUGCUAUUUUUGAACUAAAUUGAAAAUAAAUGAUUCGUCUUUUCAACGAGAUUGUAUCUCUGUGCUGUUGAUUGCUUACCCUCUCACGGGACU